AUGGAAAACCGAGUGAUCCUUAGGAGGAUUGCCCAUAUCCACUAUCGUCACAAGGAUCUUGGCAAAUCAAGUCAAUUCUUACGGGAUUUCGGGUUCGAACCUGUCCAGCAUGAAACCUCGAAAGGAGACAAGCUGCAAUACUAUCGGGGCUACGGAGACCUUCCCUACAUCUACGUAGCAGAGGAAGCAGCAGCCGGAGCUCAGCCGGAAUUCGUGCGAGUGGCUUUUGAAGCUGACUCGGAAGAAGAUUUCAAAAACGCUAGCAAAGUGGCCGGAGCUUCUGAAGUCCGCCAGCUUGUCGAAGCUCCUGGUGGUGGUCAGCUUGUUUCGCUCUUCGACCCUAACGGCACUCAAAUCGACGUCAUUUACGGACAACAAUUGGUCGAAGCUCGAACCCCACAACACGUCACCCAGCCCAUCAACCCGGGUGUCAAGGACAACGAACAGAAACCACGCCGUGCUGGAACAUUCCAAAGAUUUGAUCCAACACAGACUAUUCAAGUCCACAAGUUAGGCCAUUUCGUCCUUCAGAUUCCCAAUUAUGAUGAGUGA